ACGACGACGAACUAUAAAUACCAUCACUCAGGUGGUCAAUUUCCUUCGACUUCAACUCGAUCUUCCCCCUCCGCGCUUUGCUUAGCAGAUACUCUUCGAUUUCAUCAAUGGAGCAGCAAUCUCUGCUUGCAUCAGGCGAAGCGGAAGGGAAGGGAGAGGAGUCUUGGAGGUCGUACCAGUUCGUAGGGAGGAGUCCCUCCCUACACGUACCUCCCUCGUCCGUCGCCGCUGGAGAGGUGUUGAGCGUCGACGAGAUUCGUGCCGCCUCCGUCCUCUCUUCUGAUCAUUAUUACCCGCCUUCAAUCCAUGGUGCUCUGGUGGGAUCGCCCGAACCUGAUGAUCCCCAAGGUGCAGUUAUCACAACUCAAGCUCUUGUACCUCAGGUUGUACCUCAGGGAGGGUACGACGGGUACUCUGGUGGUUACAGCUCAAAAGAACUUGGGAGACAAAUUCUGGAUGAAGUGGAAGUGCGACAGUUACUUAUUGAUCAUGUUGGGCAUAGCUGUUGUUGGGGAAACCAACCUGCCCGAAAGUGGAAAAUAUCCUCUAUUGAUGACUGUAAUGUAUAUGUUGGGACUCUAGAAACUUUUAUAGAGGAGAGAGAAACUAUUGAACAAAAAGAGCCAUACUUGGGAGGCAAAGUUGACGGUAAAGAGGAAGGCCAGGAAACUGGGGUUUGGGAACUGGAUUUGAGGUCUGAAUUUCCAAUUCUUUUUGUGCCACAUAAAGAAACCAGAGUUAAUAUGCCCCAUUCUGAAGCUGUUGAGAAAUGCUGUGAGUGUGAUGGUCGAGGACAAAUUCCCUGCCCUACUUGCAAUGCUGUUCAAAAAAGUGGUUUUUAUCUAGAAAAUAAGAUGACUGAAUGCCCCUCUUGUUACGGAAGGGGACUAAUUGCUCAUAAAGAUGGAUCUGAUACAAUAUGUACGAAAUGCUCUGGUAAGGGAAAAUUACCGUGUGGAACAUGUUGUUCACGUGGGCUUGUAGAAUGCCAGCUAUGUGCUGGACAAGGUUCUCUCAUCACACACAACAUUGCACUGGUCAAAUGGAGGACACUGUCCAAUCGGAAAAUUAGUGCCACCAGCGCUGCAGCAUCAGUACCAGGCGAGGUGUUCCAUAGAGCCAGGGGGGUUCAGCUGUGCAACAUCCACGCAUACCAAUGCACCCCUGCCUUCUUUGCUGAUUCGUAUCAGUUGAAUAGGUUCUCCUCUGAAGUCGUUGCCAAUCGGUCUCCUGUUCCUCCCUCGGCGAGGGUCAUCUGCGAGAGGCACAUUAUCUCCGUCGUACCCGUCACUCGUGUUACAAUGGCCGACCGCAAUUGGUCCUUCAGCUUCUACAUAAUUGGGUACAGCAGGGAGGUUUUCAUAAGGGACUACCCUACGAAGUUCUGCUGGGGACUGUGUUGCUGCUUUGACUGGCUGAAAGGUUAGAGUUUCUGAAGCAGAACUUGAAAGGAAAUAUAAAUCGAGAGAUACAAAUUAUGUAUGUGAUACGAAGAGUCUAGAUUGAAGUUGUUUGUAUCCAAAGUAUUUCCAAUAUAAUAAUUGUCUGUUUGCAUUUUA